AGUGCUUUAUUAAACAGUAGACUAAUAUUUCCACCUUUUUCUUUAACACGGCAGUAAGCCUAUGGGUGAGAUUUCUAAUUCGUUAGCUGCUAUAGGGAAAUAAUGAGAAGAAUAACACGCAGUAAAUGGUAAAACUAUUUGCACUACAAACCAGUUUGCUCAUAUUUAAGAUAAUACAUUAAAAUAAUACGGCAAGACACCUGUUUGCAAUAUCAAGCAGCAAAACCAACUGUUUUGUACAGCUAAAAAUAGCUGGACGCAGAUGAGACCGGAAGCCUCACCCAGAAAAUUUACAUAUGGCCAAGCCCACUCUUAAGGCAAAAAAAAAAAAAAAAAAUGAAUAUGUUGUGUGCAUAUUUGUGAGAUGUUACUCAAUGUUAUUUUAAAAUUGCUUGCACUUUUUUUCAUUAAUUUAGGGAGGUUUUUUUGUAGUGACAUUUGAGCUCUUACUACAAUCUCUGUCAACCUCAUUCUUCAACGUGUAAGUAAGCCAAUAGGCAAGACUUCCGGUUCAUUAGCUGCUAUAGGAAAAUAAUGAGAAGAAUGACAACGUGCAGUAAACGGUAAAACUCUUUGCACUUCAAACCAGUGUAAAGAUAACACAUUAAACUAAUAUAAUACGUGCUAAUUUACAAUAUCAUGGAGCAAAACAAGCUGUUUUAUACAGAUAAAGGUAGCUGUGGCGUCCAGAAGAGCGGAAGCCACACCCAUACAAUUUAUACAUGGCCGCGCCCGCUCUUACCGUAAACAUAAGGUGGAUACAACCAUUAUUUAUUAUUGUUAUUAUUUAAAUCCUUAUCCAGUAAACGUGAAUGACAGGAAAAAUAAUGGAAAUUCGUUUUUGAGGUGUGGGACUUUACGUAAGAGCGCCGCACCUUUUCUUGGGAAGUGCACAAAAGUUGGUUUUGUGUGUGAAAACGGGUCACCUGUUCGUCAUUAGAUGUUUCCCGGCUGUUUCUCUUACUUUAAAAUGUCUUGCGCUUUCGUAAGUACGCUCAUACACUAGCAGAAGCGUAGCUCAUAAAUAAUUAAGUGAAUUAAAGUUACGUAUCACGUUAAUCUUGAAUAUUAAAAAGGCAAUGCUGACGUUUCUCGACUGUUCGCCAAUGGCGAACGCUUGGCUUUUGAAUAUUAAUACAGUCUUGCUCGCGUUGCUUGGUAACCUUCCAAUUCCAAACUGCAUGGCUCAUGAAUAUUAAGAGAAAUCCUUUAGCGUAGUAGGAUUCUUAUCCAGGAAAUGCAUUUCCAAGUAUCACUGUCACAAACACGAAAAUGGCACCCAACAGGAAUUACACCCUUCAUACCGCAAGUUUCAUUUCAAAACAUAGAGGGUUCAUAAGUUGAGAUUUUAUACGUUUCGGAUCUAAAAGAAUGGUGAGAGGGAUGCGCUCGUCGUCGGAUGUGGAAUACAGUGCGGUGGGAGAGGGACUCGGGAUGCGGGAGUUCUGGCUCUAUGUGUGGCUGCGCAGACUGGCUGUGGUCGCUGCGCACAUCAUCUCACUCGGCCUGGUUAUUCUCACAUCCAUACUGUCCAGACCAGGAACUAGUCUCUUCUCAUGGCAUCCUGUCUGCAUGUCACUUGGGUUUUGUCUGUGCAUGACAGAAGGGAUCCUGCUUUUCUCUGCCGAAGGCAGCCCGUUCUGUUUCAAAUCUCGUAAGUGGAAGGUCCGUCUGCACUGGUUCUUCCAGGCUCUGCUGCUGGUGUGUGGCGCUACAGGAUUCGGCUUCAUGGUGGCCAGCAAGAACAUCAAGGAGCAUCCGCACUUCACAUCCUGGCACAGCCUGCUAGGAGUCGCCACGAUGGCUGCUACCGUCCUGCAGGCGAUCUGUGGCGUCUUCCUCCUCUUCCCCAAACUCAUUAGCACUCACUCGUUCCCUCGGUUGAGACUGUAUCAUGCCACCUGCGGUCUGGUGGCCUACCUGCUGGCCACUGUCACGGUUGUGUCAGCCAUGUUUACAGACUGGUUUCAGGCAUCGGUGACAGACACAAUCUGGUAUAUAUUCCUACUCCUUCCACUUUUUCCCGCCUUAGUGGUGAUGAACCAAAUCACUAGUGCCUUCCUCCCCAAAAAGAAAAUUACUAGCUAAAAAACGAAAGCCUUAGAGCUUAUUAAGGGAUCUGAACUAUAGUAGGCUUUAAAGCAGCACUACUUUGAGGAUGUGAUGACAUUUUAGAAACAGUACAUUUGACAAAUUUUGAUAUUUUGAAUGAGAUUUCGUCUCCGUCUCAAAUGGCACACUUAUUGUGCAUUUACAGUCUUGUAGAGGUAAAAAAUAGAGUUGAUACUUUUCUACGUAAAAUAGUAAACAUUCAUCCAGGCCAGUAGGUGUCAGUAUAAAGUCCAAAAGCACAGUUGUAUUUUAAGAAAACAAAUUAGAGUGAAAUGUCCAGCGGUGUGUCUGAAACUGCGUACUGUUUGAGUACGUACUACAUCUUUUGGCAUACUCUUUUUCGCAUACUAUAAAGUAGGAGAAUUAUUCGACUUUGGAUAUAGCGCAAGACUGCAUCCGAAAUGGCAUACUGGCCUACUACACACUACUUUCUGUAUUUAUUAGGGAUGUAACGAUAUUAUCAAUAUCAUGGUAUUGCGAUAGCAAAACUGUCUUGAUAUUAUCGUGGUCGCAUGACGAUAUGAAACUGUAGGUCUUACGGGGAAAAAAGUGUUUUUAAAAUACAUUUAAACUUAAUAUUCUAACAUAAACAGUCUUUAAAGUUGUGUUUUGGGGCAUUAUGCUUUGGCACAGUAUCUGUCAAACAAACUAAAACUGAAUGCACAAUAUGGCUUAAUCCCUUUUCCAAAGUCCAAAAGUAGCCCAAUCGCUUUCUGAAGGGGUUCCCCCUUAAAAAUCGCUGGUGGGGUAAAAUACACGUUUUUUGGCGAGGUUCCCCUGGUAUAAUUAGCACUCAAGGGGCUAAAUUUAACAUUAUUGAGGUAGCUUUAACCCCCGGACAUGAUAAAUAACCCACGGCAACAGAGUUAAAGUAGCCCAAUUCCGCAGGAAAAACGCGGAUUUGGCAACACUGGCCCACUUCGUUCAGGUGAUCAACUCGUGAUCCGGUGUUUUCUGUGCCUCAGUUCACAGUGAACGCAGUGAACUCGUUUAUUGCAUGUGCUGUGAGUUUAGUACAGGUUUGAGAACGCAACGGCCAACAGUUAUGCUCCACUGCCAUUUCCGUCAAAACAAAAGCUUAAAAAUGCAGGAUGAAUUGCUGACAGUUAGCGGUUUAAAUGGGUAACGUUACUGCAGUACAAAUUCAAAAUAUCCUUUUCAAGUGUAGAAAUUAGGAUAACAUUGUAAUUUCCCUCCUGUAGUGUAAAGCAAAAAUAAUAUACCUACGAAAUAUUAAUUUUCAUUUUAUUUUACAGUGUUUUAUAAUAUGUGACCAUGGACCACAAAACCAGUCUUAAGUAGCACAGGUGUAUUUCUAGCAAUAGCCAAAAAAUACACUGUAUGGGUCAAAAUUAUCGAUUUUUCUUUUAUGGCAAAAAUCAUUAGGAUUUUUAAGUAAAACUUAUGUUCCAUGAAGAUAUUUUGUUUUCUAUAUAAUAUAAGAUUAAUAUAAUAAUAAUAAUAAUAUAAUAUAAGAAGUUUUCUACCGUAAUUAUAUCAAAACGUAUUUUUUGAUUAGUAAUAUGCAUUGCUAAGAACUUAAUUUGGACAACUUUAAAGGUGAUUUUCUCAUUAUUUAAAUAUUUUUUGCACCCUCAGAUUCCAGAUUUUCAAAUAGUUGCAUUUCAACCAAAUAUUGUCCUUUUCUAACAAACCAUACAUCAAUAGACAGCUUAUUUAUUCAGCUUUUCAGAUCACAUAUAAACCUCAAUUUCAAAAAUUGACACUUAUGACUGGUUUUGUGGUCCAUGGUCACAUAUAUGGCUAUUGCUGUCAUAGGAAUAACAAUAAUAUGAAAUUAUUAUUACAUUUCUAGUUUUUAUUUAAAGUUAUUAUUAUAUUUCUAAUUUGUUUAGCUUCUAAAACACCAGUGUGAAUGUAAUUUAGACUGAAACAGUAUACCACAAAUAAAAAGAGGGUUGAGUCCCCUUUAAAGUUCAGGUACGAGUCAAUUCACUGAUUAUUUCCUGUUUAAAGUUUUCUUAGUUAAGAACAUGGGUUGGAGCUUUUAAUUUUUAACUCUCAAAGUGCCUUAGAUAAAAGAAUUUAACUUUAAAAUGUACUAAAUUUUCAUUUUUUCCCCAAGUCUUCAUUUGUCUUUUUUAAUAUCGCAAUACAUAUCACAUUGUGGACUUCAUAAUCAAGAUAUUAACGCAAAGUAAGUUUUUGAUAUCAUUACAUCCCUAGUAUUUACAGAAUUUUGUUUGUUAAAUACAAAGAAUGUUUAAGUGAGAA